AUGACGUUCGUCUACCACAAUCACAUAACCGCAAAUCACGACUACGAUGAGGACGAUCAUGACUACGACGACUACGACUGCGACAGAUGCGAAAACUACAUACAGGAAAAACGACACCUAGAAUCAUGUCUGACUAAACGCCGGCAGACUAUUGAGGCAGAGCAGCAGAAGAACGCCUCACUUACUGCAAGUCUAGCGACUGCCCAGCAAAGCCUUGUCUGUUGCCAGCAGGAUAAAGCAGCACUUGAACAGAGAUCUGCAUCCUACGCGGCUGUAGCGUCUCAGUGGGAGGCCCAUUGCAACCAAAAAGUGGGACCUCUCAAAAGCGAGAACAUCGAGUUGAAAAGGGAGCGGGAUACGUUAAAGACCAAGCUGAAUAUGGAGCUGAAGACAUUGAAGGCAAAGAACACCGAUUUUUAA